GUUUGAGGCGACAUGUCCGACGCCAAGCGAGGCAAGUUGUCCAGAAAGAUUUCCCAUCACGGCUCCGUCGAAUGCCCACACAUCCGAUGCCACCACACCUGCAAAGAUGAGGGUCGAGGAGGCGUUGGUCUGCUUGAGUUGUGUAGUCGGUGGGGCAUUGGCCGCAAAUGCUCCCCGACCGCGAGGCGUGAGCCUCGAUUUUGCCAAAUACUACAAAGACACCACCACAUUCAGCUGCAUAUCAAACCCGGCCAUUCAAUUGCCCUUUGCACGGGUCAACGACGACUACUGCGACUGCCCUGAUGGCUCGGACGAGCCAGGCACUUCCGCCUGCGCCCACCUCUCCCCACUGUCUCCUCCGAGCCCCGCUGGUGCCGCUGCCAACGUAGCGUUGGCGCUGCCGGGCUUCUACUGCAAGAACAAGGGGCACAUCCCCGCUUACCUCCCCUUCACCAACGUCAACGACGGGAUUUGCGACUACGAGCUAUGCUGCGAUGGCAGCGAGGAGUGGGCGGGCGUGGGAGGCGUCAAGUGUGAGGACCGAUGCAAAGAGAUCGGCAAGGAGUGGAAGAAGCACGACGAGGCGAGACAGAAGAGCCUGGGCAUCGCAGCGCGGAAGCGGAAGGAAUUGGUCACUGAAGCUGCGCGUAUCCGACAGGAGGUGCAAGAUCGCGUGCAGACCCUGAAGACCGAGAUCGAAGGGACGGAGUUGAAGGUCAAACAACUCGAGGCUGAGGUGAAAGAUGUGGAGCGGAGGGAGCGGGGCAAGGUCGUCAAGACUGCUCCCGGUCAGAAAGGCGGGAAAAUGAGCGUGCUCGUUGGAUUGGCCAAGUCACGCAUGGCCGAAUUGCAUCAGAGCCUGACGAGAGUGAGGCGGGAGCGGGACGACUACUCGAGUCGGCUACAGGAGCUCGAAAACCUGCUCAUGAUAUUCAAGGCGGAGUACAAUCCGAAUUUCAACGAUGAAGGUGUCAAGCGUGCCGUUCGAGCAUGGGAGGAGUAUGCUGCUCGCGAUAAAGAGCCAUUGGUCAAUGUGGCGGCGGAUAUCGAUCUCGAUGAGAUUCUCAAGUCCGACAAAGACAGCGGGCUGGAUUGGGAUGAAUACGAGGGUGGAGAGGACAGCGAAACGGAUGCUCUCUACACUUUUGAGAAUUACCUGCCCCCUUCCAUACGCAGUUGGCUGGAUCAAAAGCUGCGCGACCUCCGAAUCAGGCUCAUCGAAGCAGGCUUUCUGGCGGACAAUUCAGGAGCAAGCACGGAAAGCAAGGCCCUUUCAGAUGCUCGCGCCCAACUGGAAAAAGCACAACAGGACUUGGAGAACCACCGCGAAGACCUGGAAACCCGCAAUGAAGAGCUGGCCUCGAAAGACUUUGGGCCCGACGAUGUCUUCCGCGCCCUGAAGGGCACUUGCGUCUCCACCGACAGCGGUGAGUACACGUACGAAGUCUGCUUCCUCCAACAGACCACGCAGAAGCCGAAGAAGGGUGGCGGCCAUACCAACAUGGGCAACUUUGUGCGGCUCGAGACGAUCGACGUCGACGAAGAGCUGCCUGCCAAUGGCAAAGGAUUGGGCAGCGGUCGGCGCCUCGUGAUGAGGCACGAAGGCGGGCAGCAUUGCUGGAACGGACCAGACAGGAGCAGCAGUGUCAUCCUGGCGUGCGCAGAGGAGAACGAGAUCUGGAAGAUUAUGGAGGAGGAGAAAUGUGUUUAUCGGUUGGAGGUUGGCACGCCUGCUGUGUGUGAUGAGGGUGGCAGUGGGAGUGGAAGGGCCAAUGAUGCGUCGGCAAAGGAUGAAUUGUAGCACAAAUUACCUAUCUCUAUGCGGGCUUUGAGGCGACUAGAGUGUAUAGACGUAGAUGUGCAAACACCUCCGUCCG